UAAUCGAAUUUUUGAUAAUGCGCAUCUAUUUGAAUUGGAAUUCUGCUGUUUAAAGUAUUGUAAAAAAUUCAACAGCACGCAUCAUCGUUUGAGUUUGAACUGCUUCUACUCUGCAUUUUAUUUUUUCGAAACUAUUUGGAUUAACAUGUUUUUCCGAUAAUUUACAAGCAGCUCUCGUUGCUUUACCAUCUUCUAAUUUCCAUAAUAAACGUACGUCUUUCCAUGAUGCAAUUCUAUUAUUAUCAUAACGAAUAUCAUAUUUUAAAAGUUGAUUCCUAAUGGAUUUACAAAUGUGCGGUAUAUCAACAAUAGCAUAUAUUUUUUUAAUUCCAUAUAUAAAAUAAGGACGAUGAACAGAAAUUCUAUUUUUUAUUGUACUUUGAUUAUUACUUUACCCAGUACAUUACUUGUCUCCUUUACCCUACUAUAACGCGCCCUGAUGCAGGUACCUCGAAAAAAUUGCUAUUUAAACAAAAACGAUUCGUGGGAGCAGUUUAGUAUUAGCAGUGAGUGUUAAACGACAAUGAAGUGGAGCGAGAAUGAAACAGUCAAGUUCGUCGAGCUGUACAAGCAGCACGACUGUCUGUGGGAUAUUACAUCGCCCUCAUAUCGAAACAAUCAAAUGCGGUCGGGGGCAAUAGAAUUAUUGAUCCGCGACAUGGAGAAGGAUGGUCUGGGUCCCGCGGAAAUCAAACAUAAAAUAAAAAUCCUACGAACACAAUACCAUAAUGAAAUGAGAAAGGUGGAGGCCUCCAUGAGGUCAGGCGCGGGGACCGAAGACGUUUAUAGACCGCGACUGAUGUGGAUCAGUAUAAUGGAUGAAUUCAUGAGACCUACGCGAAGAAGGAGAGAAUCGCAGAGUUACUGUUACGCUGGUAAGUUACUGUUCAUUUAUUCAUUACAUCCGUGCUACAUUCCUCUAAAUGCAUCCCGUUGCAAUCAGUAGUAUACAUUUUGUUCUUAUGUGCUCUACUCGUGUGCAAAACUGUUAAUGUUCUCGCACUCUUUCAGACAUAUCCAAAUUCGGUACCAUCACCGGCAUCGCGAUGCUCUACCGGCCUGCCAACACUCGUCGACAGCGCAAAUCCAUGCGAGGCUUGGACGGAGGAAACGCCGCCGAUGCAACCUGAUUUUGUCGGGAGUUCCAACCCCAGAAAAAGAAGAAAGAUGGAACAAUUAACCGAAGCAAUGGACCAAUUGCAGCAACUAACGGAAUUGCUGCACGCA